GCAGUGGCAGAAUUCUGAUUACAAAACUCGUGCUUUAGGAUAUCAAAGCGAACAAGCAAUCUGCGAUCAAAUUAGCGUUGCAAUGCCAAAGUUGCCAGACGGAACUCGUUAAGAUUUUCAACGAUGCGGAAAUGAGCGGUCUGAAGCCGCACGAUCCAAUGUACACAGUCGUUAAAACUUAUACCCUAAAUUUCCGGAGCCAGCUGGAAAGUAUCAAGAGCCAAAUGAGAGACUGGACGCGGAUGGACCUUUGGGACCGUUUGCUCAAGAAGGACACAAUGCUGAAGUCCAUCAUUGAACACCACAGACAUAUUGGAGAAAUGUGGAGGGCUUUCCAGACGGCUCUUCAAAUGCAGGGCCUUGCGGCAACCGUCAAAGUCUCUGAUGCUCAAACCACCGUUGUAGAACGUGUAGAUCUCUGGCGACGGGAACUUGCAGAGGCGCAACAAGCCGACAAGUAUCAAUACCGGGAGUUCCUCAACAACACAACACGGACCAUUAAUAAGAUGGCGACUGUGCAUGCUCAGCAAGAAGUCCAGUUCGAGAACUUGGGCGAAACCGUCCGAGAGCUUGCUGACUUGGUGCAGCAAUUCAGAUUGGUGUGUCCUCAAGUUGUCGAUCAACUCAUUCUCUAGAAAAUUCACCUCCACGUCAUAUUGAACAGCAAAACUCAUCCAGCACUCAGCUGUCUGAGUCAGACCCUGAAGCCGAUCCUGACAUUAAGGAGGCUCGUGGAAGAUUGAUUCGGGCGCUUGAAGAAUACAAAGGGGAACAUCCCCCCACGGGAAUCGACCCAUCGGAACUGACUGUUCCUGUGGAGGUGCACAGGGGCGACCAUGCGACUAUCUACAAAGGAGUCAGAGCUGGAGAUGCAGUUGCGA